CCAUCAUCCACACAGACCCUUUCCUCUCUUCUUCAUCGCAACCAACCUCUCCGGCGAAACCCUAAUCUCUCCCCAAUAAAUCAAAAAACCUUCCUCACCAAAAAAACCAAUCUCCGGUUCUAUCUCAAACGGACAUGAGCCAAACCAUCGUUUCGCUCGGACUAUAAUGAUCAGACUCUUCCUGUCCCGUCUCGAUUGCAUGGAGCUUGAGCUAUGCCGGAGCUUCGCCGUGGAGUCCGCCGUGGCCGUGUUACCGACGCUGCAGCUCUGAAUCAGCAGAAUAAAGACAAGAAACAGAGCAAAAGAGUUGCUUGCAGAGUUACAGAGAGGCCGAGGACGAGGCUAGCUGCGAGGAAGUUGAAGGAGGAAGUUAAGGAGGAGGAGGAGGAGGAGAGGGAAGUUAUGGCGAUUGGGAAUGAUAGUGGUGGCUCUAACAAGGCGGCGGCUGCUCAGGAAGAAGAAGGAAACACUGCUCCUUUCCCUGAAAGGGUUCAAGUUGGAGGGUCACCGUUGUAUAAGGUUGAGAGGAAGCUGGGGAAAGGUGGGUUUGGACAAGUGUUUGUUGGACGGCGUAUUAGUGGUGGUAAUGAACGUAGUGCUGGAGCUAGCAUCUUGGAGGUUGCUUUGAAGUUUGAGCAUCGAACCAGCAAGGGAUGUAACUAUGGUCCUCCACAUGAGUGGCAAGUGUACAACACCUUGGGUGGGAGCCAUGGAGUCCCUAGAGUACAUUUUAAAGGGAGGCAAGGAGACUAUUAUGUUAUGGUUAUGGACAUGCUUGGUCCGAGUUUAUGGGAUAUAUGGAAUACUUCAGGGCAAGCAAUGUCCUCAGAAAUGGUAGCUUGCAUUGCAGUUGAAUCACUGUCCAUCCUUGAAAAGUUGCAUGCUAAAGGUUAUGUGCAUGGUGAUGUUAAGCCAGAAAAUUUCUUACUCGGCCAGCCUUCAACAUCUCAAGAGAAAAAGCUGUUUCUUGUUGAUUUGGGACUAGCAACAAAGUGGAGAGAAGGUGGUGGUAACGGACAACAUGUUGAAUAUGAUCAACGUCCUGAUAUGUUUAGGGGGACAGUUAGAUACGCAAGCGCACAUGCUCACUUAGGUAGAACAGCUAGCAGAAGGGAUGAUCUUGAAUCAUUGGCAUAUACACUGAUCUUCCUUCACCGAGGUAGAUUGCCGUGGCAAGGAUAUCAGGGAGAUAACAAAUCAUUCCUCGUUUGCAAAAAGAAAAUGGCAACAUCGCCGGAUAUGCUUUGUUGUUUCUGCCCCGCUCCUUUCAAGCAGUUUCUUGAGAUUGUGGUAAAUAUGAAAUUUGACGAGGAACCCAACUAUGGGAAGUUAGUAUCUCUGUUUCAAGAGCUCUUGGGGGAAAACCCGGCAAUAAGGCCCAUAAACACAGAGGGUGCUCAAAAGAUAAUUUUUCAAGUUGGACAGAAGCGAGGUAGGUUGAGCAUUGGAGAAGAAGAAGAAGAUGCCCCUAGGAAAAAGGUCCGUCUUGGAGUCCCUGCAACGCAAUGGAUAUCGAUUUACAAUGCCAGGCAACCAAUGAAGCAGAGGUAUCAUUAUAAUGUAGCUGAUACAAGACUGGCGCAGCAUAUUGAGAGAGGUAUUGCAGACAGUUUGUUAAUAAGCUGUGUUUCAUCAUGUUCAAAUCUAUGGGCAUUGAUAAUGGAUGCUGGAACUGGCUUCACAAACCAAGUCUACGAACUCUCUCCUGUCUUCUUGCAUAAGGAAUGGAUAAUGGAACAGUGGGAGAAGAAUUACUACAUAAGUUCUAUUGCUGGUGCAGCUAAUGGAAGCUCCUUAGUUGUCAUGUCAAAAGGAACGGCGUAUACACAGCAGUCGUACAAAGUAAGCGAUUCAUUCCCAUUCAAGUGGAUAAACAAGAAGUGGAAAGAAGGCUUCCAUGUAACCUCUAUGGCAACAGCUGGAACCCGUUGGGGUGUUGUUAUGUCCCGCAAUUCUGGCUACAGUGAACAGGUUGUUGAACUGGAUUUUCUGUAUCCAAGUGAAGGCAUCCACAGGCGUUGGGAUGGUGGAUUCAGAAUAACAUCAACAGCAGCAACAACGGAUCAAGCUGCUCUAAUUUUAAGCAUCCCACGGCGUAGACUGGUCGAUGAGACGCAGGAGACAUUGCGUACCUCUCAAUUCCCAAGCACUCAUGUCAAGGAAAAAUGGGGAAAGAAUCUCUACCUCGCAUCAUUAAGCUAUGGCCGAACUGUAUCAUAA